AUGCGGAACACCACCUGUUACCUCCCCAAUGGACUCACGUUCACCGUGUCGCCUGUUUUUGGCGGGGUCACGUUCAAGUCCAACGACGCGAGUUCUCACAACUCCACCUUCCCACCAGGUUGGACGAUUAUCAUCCACAGCGAAAAACCUGGCGGGAAAUCACCUGAAGAGCGAGGCAGGACUGGCUCUGAGAAUGGGCUCCCCUCCGCCAGUGAUGACGACAAAAACUUCACUCGCUUUACCACCCCUACCUUGAACCGCGAUCACCUCUACAUCUCCUACAUCGUGAACCCGCCGUCCAGCGAAUUCAAGCCGGCCACCUCGCCGACCCGCCAGAUUGCGAUGAUGCUCUGGGCCACCAUGUGCUGGUACUUCCACGAGCCGGAACCGGACCUGCACCUGCAUACAGCAGCAUCGAGCUCGACACCGCUGGCUGGAAAGCCGAAGGGAGAUUGGCGGGUGAAUAUCAAGCGAGAGGGAAUUUUCAAGGGCCGGAACCUGCUACAGAAGCUCGAACGCAUGGGUCUGAUUGCCACCGAGGACUCCUCCGUGGGACUACAGCCCGUCGAGACACGCGACUCGACCAGCUGGUCCAAUAUGUUCGUGAGCCGCCGAAGCUUCUGGCAGCUCGAUCCGCGCCUUUUCCUGUUCACUCUCGCGCCUCGCGCUCCAUUAUCUCCCUCCUUGACCCCUAUCCCAUCUCGGCAUGCUUCUCCGGCUCGGGAUAUCCUACCUAGCGCUGUCUUGCCGCCAACGGAAGCUGUCUUCCACACGGCGAAUGUUCCCACCUUCAACUCGAAUGGCCCCUUCACUUCGGCAAGUCACUUGCCUACGUAUUAUCCGCCGGCGCCUGCUCAGUAUACAUUCACCGACGGAGUGCGCCAUCCGAUUCGGUCGAAGCCGCCUCACCAAGGUGAGGUCUUUUACGUGCGCUAUAUCCCGAGUGUGGGCCAGUAUCUUUCAUUCCGCGUCCCUUUCCUCCCAAUGAGCAAGGUCACACCGGCUCAAGGGGCCGGCAGCGGUAGUCGGCCGUCAACACCGAAGACUGUGUGUUCCCCGGUUACCAGCAUCGAACAGCACCUCUUCCAGAAUGUCUCGUCAGAUCUUGAUACCCUGCAUCGAUGGAUGAACGACCCCCGAGUUGAAGCAAUGUGGCAGGUCGGCGGAGACCGGUCUGUACAAGAGAAAUUCCUACUCCAGAACUUGACGAGUCGGCACAGUUUCCCCGUGAUCGGUUGCUGGGAUGGCAAGCCCUUCGGAUACUUUGAGAUUUACUGGGUGAAGGAAGAUGGUCUGGGGAGGUUAUUGGACCGUGUGGACAACUACGAUCGGGGCAUUCAUCUACUGAUCGGUGAACAAGAGUUCCGUGGCGCGCACCGGGUUGCGAUUUGGCUGAGUGCCUUGGUGCAUCACUGCUUCUUGGAGGAUAUGAGAACCGAGACGGUUUAUCUGGAGCCGCGGGUGGAUAAUACCAAGAUUAUCGGUUACCUCCAGGAUGCGGGCUUCUUCAAAGAGGGCGAGGUGAGCUUCCCGCACAAACGCUCCGCCGUGAUGAAGAUCAAGCGCGAGUUCUGGGAGGCUCCGGCUCUAUAG